AUGGAGGAGGAUCAGUCUGCAGGUGAGUAUGUGUGCCCAACCACUGAGUGGGAGAAACGGUUGCAGACACAGGAGGAGGAGGUCAUGCUGCUGAAAUCAGUACUACGUGAUGUUUUACAACGACUUCAAAACUUGGAAAUUCACUCACAUCCUGGAAAUUCAUGCAAUUCCAGCUUCUCUGUGGUGCAGUCUGUAAAAGAUGCCAUUACACCAUCAAAUACCUGCAGCGAGCCUAAGAAAAAUGUGCAAGAGAUGACCUCUUUGCGUAUCACUGUUGGGACACAGACAGAGAUGCCUCUGGUAGAAGGGGAAUCCAAAGAAAGCUUAGACACAUUGGAUGGAAAUUUAUUAUGUGAGAAUCACUCAGUGAAUGGUGAAACAGCCGAUGUGAUCACAGACUUCGAGGAGGCACAAGUGGUGGAUAAGGUGUUCGAAAGCCCACCACCAGAAGAGGGAGGACCCUGUACAAAAAGCGUUUCAGCUCUAAGACAAAAUAAGAAGGAAUUGUUACGAAGAAACAGUUCUUCGGAUAAACUGGUCAGAGAAGCACGAGAUAAAAGCAAAAAGCUGGAAAAAAAAUCUGUCUCAUCUGCAAAUCUUAUUAAUGCUUCCGCCGGGUCUAGAAGAGGAAAUUAUAAUUUGGAGGGGGUCAGUGUUAAAGUUUUUCUCCGUGGUCGCCCAAUCACAAUGUAUAUCCCAUCCAACAUACAGAACCAUGAUGACCAGAAGCCGGAACUUCCAAGUGAGAAGCUCCAGUUGGAAUGGGUCUAUGGUUGUCGUGGACGUGAUUCUCGAUGCACCCUGCGUAUGCUGAAGUCUGGAGAGGUGCUCUACUUUACUGCCUGUGUUAUUGUCAUGUGUGAUGUACACCGUGGAACCCAACGCCAUUUUCUGAGGCACACAGACUGUGUACGCUGUUUAGCUGUUCACCCGGAUGGGGUCAGAGUGGCCUCUGGACAAACAGCUGGUGUAGACAAGGAUGGUAAGCCUCUGGUGUUUAUAUGGGAUUCUUCAACACUCCAGAUACUGCAUCAGAUUGGUCUUGGUUUCUUUGAGAGGGGCGUAGGCUGUCUUGCCUUUUCCAUACAGGACUCAGGCUCAUACCUCUGUGUUGUAGAUGACUGUAAUGAACAUAUAUUGUCCAUCUGGGACACAGCCAAAGGAAAUAAAAUUGCAGAAACAAAGUGUACAAACGAACCAGUUCUUUGCGUGGCCUUCAAUCCAGUGGACAGCAAUUAUAUUGUCACCGUGGGCAAGUCUCACAUUCACUUCUGGACCUGGAGUGGGACGUCGCUUACAAAGAAACAGGGGAUUUUUGGGAAGUAUAAGAAGCCUCGUUAUGUGCAGUGUUUACUAUUUGAUCGAACUGAUGUCCUCACAGGAGAUUCAGAGGGACAGAUAUUGACCUGGGGAAGAAGCGCAGCCGAUACAAGGACUUUAGGAAAAGGUGCAAAAGACACAUACCAGAUAUUACGCCACACACGUGCCCAUGAUGGUAGUGUAUCUUCACUUACUGCUCUCAGAGGGGGAUUUGUCCUUAGUUCAGGAGGGAAGGACAAACGUUUGGUGCUAUGGAGUGACACAUUGACCCAACUCAAAGAAUGUGAGAUUUCUGAGCAGUUUGGAGCAGUUCGUUCCAUUGCUGAAGGCGUGAAUGGUGAAUUAUUGGUCGGUACAACAAAGAAUGCUCUUCUGAAAGGCUCAUUAGAGCAUGGAUUUACUCCUGUUAUACAGGGGCACACAGAUGAACUGUGGGGAUUGGCUACACACCCCACUCAGAAUAUCUUCAUGACCACUGGACAUGACAAGCAGUUGUGCAUAUGGAAUGGUAGUAGUCACACACUAAGCUGGGCUUGCAUUCUGGAGGAUACUGGUUUGUGUGCAGAUUUCCACCCUAAUGGAAGAGAAGCUUGUGUGGGCCUGAGCACAGGAAAGUGGCUGGUUUUGGACAUGCACUCUCACAGUGUUAUGUCUGUGCACUCUGAUGGGAAUGAACAGUUCUCUGUGGUCAGGUAUUCACCAGAUGGGAGUUACCUGGCUAUUGGAUCCCAUGACAAUGUCAUCUACAUAUACAGCACAGGAAACAAAGACCGCAAGGGUGAUUAUUCAAGAGACAGCUCAUUGGAAGAGAAAGAUAGCUCUCAGGAGGAGGGAGAAAGCCUGAAAGGAGAUGGGGAUAACAGUGUGUCUGACAGGGUACAGCGGUACAUGCGAUAUGGAAAAUGCAUGGGUCAUUCUAGCUUCAUAACACAUUUGGACUGGUCAAAGGAUGGGAAAUAUAUCAUGUCAAACUCUGGUGACUAUGAGAUUCUGUACUGGGAUAUUGCUGGUGGCUGUAAGCUUCUCCGGAACAGAUUUGAGAGCAGAGACCGUGAGUGGGCAACUUACACUUGUGUCCUGGGUUACCAUGUUUUUGGUGUAUGGCCGGAGGGGUCUGAUGGGACAGAUAUCAAUGCACUUGCUCGCUCUCGAGAUAUGACCAUGAUCUCUGUUGCUGAUGAUUUCUGUAAGGUUCACCUCUUCCGAUAUCCAUGCAAUAAACCAAAGGCUCCAAGCCAUGUGUAUUCCGGACAUGGGAGUCAUGUAACCAACGUUCGCUUCAAUCAUGAUGACACUUGCCUCAUCUCAUUGGGUGGAAAGGAUGCAAGUAUUUUUCAAUGGAGAGUUGUGAGGGGAGCCAACCUGUCUCGCAGCCAGUCACUGUCCUCAGCCUCAUCACUGGAAAUUGCCUCUUGAGUUGGAUUUUCAAUCAGAGGACUUUUCUGUCAGAUACCCCAGCUAACAAAGAGCCAGAUCCCAUUAUACUCAACCAAUAUUUUGCCUUUUAUGUUUUUCUCUAUUGAGCUCCAGCUAACUGACAUGCAACAAAAGAUAUCUGAGCCAGUCUUAAGUGAAGAUGCAGCUUAUUUCAAUAUUAUUAGUAUAGCUAACCUUUGCAGAAGAAUAUUCCCAGUAAUAGCACGGUACAGAGAAAUGUGAAGUUUGUCAUAGUAAACUCAGCGCUGCCAUGGACGGACCAUUAUGUUGAGUACAGUAUGUUCUGUAACAGUGAAAUGCUUGAAAGGUGCCAGAUAAUCCUUCCCAGAAAUCUAUCCAAAAUGCUGAACUCCUCGCCAGGAAUUGAACACCUCUAGACAAAAACUACUGAAAAAAGAGCCACAUAAAUAUUGUAGCACAAAAAGUUCUGAUACAGUACAAGCUA